UAAGGACAACCUUUUGCUGGAAAGAAAGCUCAAGAGAACAAGUUUGAGUUUUUAGUUUGUAAUUAGGACUCUUGUUAUUAUUGCAAAUAGGUUAAAAUCAGGUUGUUUAGUUUUUAGAAUUUAUCAGUUUACAAAGACGUAUAGUCUUUCUGCUAAUAGCCAACUAGAUUUCUCUAACUCAAAAAGCUUUGGAGUAUCUGAAGGCGCUCAGGCUUUGUUGAAGGUCUUUCUGAAGAAUCACCCAAGUAGCCACACUGCCAAAAUGGUGCAGAUGACAGCAACACCCCUCAGUGCUCUUGCGGAUGAGCCAGUGCGAAUCCGCGUCACAGGCCUGACUCCUUAUCAGACAAUGUGUUUUCAUGCAUCAGUGAAAGAUGAGAAGGAGGACCUGUUUCGUUCUCGGGCCUACUAUAGGGCCAACGAAUAUGGUGAAAUAGACUUGGAGCGUGAUGCUGCCCUUGGAGGUGACUAUGUGGGCAUCCACCCCAUGGGUCUUUUCUGGUCCUUGAAACCUGAAAAACCAUUAACUCGAUUGCUGAAGAAAAAUGUGAUGAAUAGUCCCUUCCAGAUACAAUUAAAACUUUCUGAUCCACAACUGCCAAUAAAAACAAAAGCUGCCCAGGUUCCAAAGGCCAGCCUGACUUUGGAAAGGUGGUAUGUGGCACCUGGGGUCACACGGGUGUUUGUAAAGGAAGGUCGUCUUCGGGGAGCCCUUUUUCUCCCUCCAGGAGAGGGCCAAUUCCCAGGGGUCAUUGAUUUGUUUGGUGGUAUUGGAGGACUGAUUGAAUUCCGGGCCAGUCUCCUGGCCAGUCAUGGCUUUGCUGCCUUGGCCUUGGCCUAUCAUGGCUAUGAAGACCUGCCUUUUCCACUAGAAAAGGUAGAUCUGGAGUAUUUUGAGGAAGCUGCUAACUUACUCUUGAGACAUCCUAAGGUUUUGGGCCCAGGUGUUGGGAUAAUCUCUAUAUGCAGAGGAGCAGAGAUUGGGCUCUCUGCAGCUAUUCACCUAAAACAAGUCACAGCCACUGUACUCAUUAAUGGUCCUAACUUCAUUAUUGACGUACCGCACAUAUACCGUGACAAGAUCCUACAGCCCACGCCCUUCUGUUUACACCUGGAAUCCACUGAUGUCUUUGGAUUUACAGAAUAUUAUCGAGUUUAUGAUGAAACAGGGUUUAAGGACAGCCGGUAUUUUCUUCCUAUUGAAAAGGCUCAGGGACAUUUCCUCUUUAUAGUGGGAGAAGAAGAUAAGAAUCUCAACAGCAAAGUACAUGCUGAGAAAGCCACAGAACAACUGAGGAGACAUGGGAAGAACAACUGGACCUUGCUAUCCUACCCUGGGGCAGGACAUCUGAUAGAACCUCCCUAUGCUCCACUGUGCCGUGCUUCAAGGCUCUCCUCUUUGUCCACAGUCAUACACUGGGGUGGAGAGGUUAUCCCACAUGCAGCUGCACAGGAACAUUCUUGGCAGGAGAUUCAGAAAUUUCUCAGGAAGUACCUCAUGCCAGCAGGGCCCAGUCAACUCUGAAAAGACUAGAGAGUCCGUAGAAAUAGAGAAGUAAAUGUCUUUAUUGGCACCUUGUCUUCUUUUUUAUGAAGGAAUAGCUUUGAUCUAUUCUGGUAAUGAAGAGGUUAGAACAAGAAAAAGGCAGAAAGACUGAGAAAGGGGAAAAUGAUUUCCACUUAACCAAAUAUACAUUGGCAAUCCCAGAUUUGUAGACAUCAACCUGCCCUAAAUAUUGUCAGCAUAGCAAUUCUCAGCCAUAGCAAUUACCAAGAGAAUAAAGAUGACCAAUGAUCAAUCACAGAAAUCUUAACCUUAUAAAGACAAACCGGAAAACAAUUACAUGCCAUUCAUUUCCUAAAAUUCAAAUUAAAAUAUACAUAGAUGGCUCACAUUUCAAAAUACUUUUGUAAUUGCUUCAUGAAAACAACACGCGUAUUUUCAUAGUUGCUUCAUUGUUAUUAUAAAACUCAAGCUGAGUAUUUUAAGUUAAUAUGUAAACACAUCUAGGAGAUCAUUGAAUAAUUUAGGAUCAAUAAUUUAAUGAAAGCUAACAAAAUUAUGUUUGUGUUCCAAAAUGUAUAAGAGGCUGUAUCUUCAACAAUUAUAAGGAGGAAUCAAGACCCAUAAAAUUAAAUCUCAGAGAAGUAGUCAUGAUAUUGGGAACUAGUUGCCUUUCUGAAUUAGGAGCCAGCAUAUUUUUUUUUUCUGUAAACUACUGAGGAAUGAAUAUUUUAGGCCAGAGGUCUAGAUUACUAUGUCUUUCUUUGAUACUUUA